AUGUCAAUACUCAGUUAUCCUCCUUAUACGCCCACAUACUAUACGACAACCUGCCUACAACAACCUUCACGCCCAAAUUCACCACCAAAGAAAGUUAAAUUCUCUCAAAGCCCUCCUACUAUUGCAACUACUUGGAAUAAGAAUCAAUAUGAUAGAAAACCCGAGUCAAUUCCUACCACCAUACAACUAGGUUUACUUUUACCUCAAACCACCACCGUCGAUUUCAAAUGUACCCGUUCUAAGAAGACAAAGACAAAUUCAACAAAUAGAUCACAAACUACCGACUGCUCCUUCGUCUCUCAAUCCACCUGGGGCGUCACAUUUGAUGAAACCGAUUGUUUAGCCGGUUUUUAA